AUGAGUACAGAAAACUUCCGUUUCUACAUUAAAGUGCGUACUGCCCUUAAUAUUCAGGCAAGAAUUAUUCAUGAUGAACUGUAUUCUGUUUAUGGUGAUCAAGCUCCUUCUCUCACAACAGUGAAAAGAUGGUCCCAGCUGUUUCGUGAAGGUCGAGAAGAAAUUGAAGAUGAAUCACGACCUGGUAGACCCAUCACUGAAACAACAUCCGAAAAUAUUGAAGAGAUCCGCCUUCUUAUCAAUGAUGAUCCUUAUCUUACAAUAGAAGAGCUACAAGAGCAAACUGAUUUAAGCUAUGGUACGGUUCAUCGAAUCAUCACCGAUCAUUUAAACCUUAGAAAGGUCACCGCACGUUAUAUACCCAAAGAUCUUACCGAUUUUCAACGGGCUGAACGAGUUCGAAUAUGUAAAGAAAACUUAGCAAAAUUUCAACAAGGAACAUGGCGAUUAUGUGAUAUAAUAACUGGUGACGAAUCGUGGUUUUAUCAUAAACAAAUUGGUCGAAAGUCGUCAAAUGCAGCGUGGAUGAGAAGAGGAGAUCCUCCACCUACUGUAGUUCGACAAAGUAAGUAUGCUUCAAAGACCUUAUUAUCCAUCUUUUUUAAGUCAAAUGGUCCUGUUUUCAUUCAUCAUUUGGAACGGAGACAAACAAUCGAUCACCAGUAUUACAUCAACAAUUGUUUACGGCCUCUUGUCGAUGAAAUCAAACGUCAAAGACCCUCAUAUGGGACGCGUGGUAUUAAAAUUCACUACGAUAAUGCAAGACCACAUGUUCACGAAGAUGUGUCUAGUUAUCUUGAAUCGGAACAUCUCACAAUAAUACCACAUCCACCUAAUUCUCCAGAUUUAUCACCAUGUGACUUUUGGUUAUUCGACUUAAUCAAACGAAAUCUGACCGAUCAAAGUGAUUCACAAUCAUUAUAUGAUGCUGUGGUCAAUUUCAUGUAUUCUUUGGGUAAUGAAGAAUAUAAAAAAACAUUUGAAAAAUGGUUUGAAAGAAUGGAAUUGUGUAUAGAUAACCAAGGUGAUUAUUUCGAACAUUUGAUGAAAUAAACAAUUGAUAAACUUAUCCUUGUAUUUUGUUUUGUUCUAUCAUUAUUACUCUUUGUCCAUUGUGAAAUAUAUGGACAGUCAGUUAUUAAAAGAGAUAAGAAGACGAUGAUGAAAGAAACAACAAGAGAAAAAGCAAGAAAAAACGAAAAAAAAAACGUGUAGAUGAUUUUAUGCAUUAUUGCUACCAGCUAGAGUUGCACUGAAAAUGUUUUUGUCGGAAUUUUAUUACUAUGAUCUUAGUUAGAUACUGAUCAAAUAGCAUAGAAAGAUAGAGAGAAAGACGCUCUAUCUAUUCGUAAAAAAAGAAAUUUCUUUUUAGCUA